ACUUAGCAAAAUUGAAAGGGGGGGAAAAAAAGGGCAGAAGGGAAGACAGCGAAGUGCCAUCUGCAUGGUGGUUCUUGCACAAUCAGCAUCCUUACGUUGGUUGCUCUUACCCUGGUUAAAGAAAGAUGCUCAGCUGCUGUCAAAGUUCUGUCCGAUACUGUUUGAAAUUCAAGUUCUCAGUGGAGAGGAAAGAAAACUUUUAAAUGAUUCAAAAGUGAAACAUUUUUAAUUUUUAUAGUGUAAGCAGUGAUAAUCUUGAUAUCCAUAUUUUCCUUGAUUUUCCCAGGAACUUUUCACUUCUCUCAUUGUCAAGACAUGCACGCUUUAAACUCUUCAGAACUUCUUAUAAUCUUUGUGGCCUAGAAUUACUUGUAGACCGCAAUUUCUCACAGGAGCAGGACAGCUUAUCUGAAAGAGGCAAUAUGAAUGCCUAGUGCUUGCACUGUUCAGACCAAAGAGGCAUUGUUAGUCAUUGCAGACUCACAUCAUCAUAAAGGAUAAACAUGGCCCAGCCUCACCCAAGCACCAAAGACCAUUGAAUCUGUCAAUUUGGCUGCAAGCCUCAGCCUAACAGUGUGGACUGCACAAAGGGCUGAUCUGUGGGUCCCACUUUCCUCUGAUUUGACUGGAGACCUUAUCUGGCUGCUGUUCACUCUCUUCUCAAGUAUCUCUAAAUCCAGUGUAUGUCUGUCCAUCUCCUCCCACCCCAAAGUGCCUCUAUCAAGGGCUCACUAAGAAAGCAUGUGGUGGCUGUUGAGAGGGACUCUGUAUCAGAGCUUCCACUUGCUUGAAGAUUGUUUCCUGGGAUAGCAGUGACAAAUUGGUGAGCUCCUGAAGGCAGGAGCCACGGGUUGUACUCCUUUGCUGUUCUCUACUGCAGCACAGCUCCUCUGAGCCAGAGGAAUCAGCUGAAGCUUCAGACAAAGCUGGAGUAGAGAUCAAGGAACCCAGGCAUGGCACAGAGACAGCGAGGGGAAGUGGGAGACAGCUGGGUGCACAGCCGCAUGGGGAGUGGAGUUGGUGACUGAGAUCUGUGGAGAUGGCAACAGGAGGAACAGCAAUGCCAAGCUGGGGCAGAACACACCAGUCACAUCCUGGGGGCCUCGAGGUCUGACCUUCCUGCUACCUGCUCACACACACACACAAAAGUAUUCCAUGCCUCAGAAUUAUUUAUUUUCUAGUUAAGAGUCUACAAGCAACUAAAGCCUAUCUAUGUAACAAAUUUUGUGAUAUUACUAUAAAAUACUUUCCACUGGGCGUUAAGCUGAGUGUAAAUGUCACAGUUCUGCUCAGGGGCUGGAAGCGGGGAGGGACAACUAACUACGGAAAACGACCACACCCCGUGUCGGCUGUUUUCCCUGUUCAGGCUCUUGGGAGCUAAGCUCGCAUCCGAAACAAGAAGAAAGCCAGCCUGUAAACUCCCCAAACCGAAGUUCUGCGGCUCCGACGUGCUCUGCUGCGUGACAGCAGCACAGCAGCACAUGAAGGUGCUGAGGCCUCGGUGCAGGACUGCAGCCACAGCUCGGCUACCAGAUUUCUCUUGGCAGAACUGCUCGUUGCAGAGCCGCAGGCACAACAAACUCACACGCAGCCGCUCCCCGCCGGGCCCCGCGCCGCACCGCCGCCAGCAGCCUCCGCUGCCCGCCGCCCCGCCUUCCCGCUUCCUCAAUCAAGCGCCGAGCGGCGGAUUGCGGGGGAACCGAGCCUCUCGGCGCUACCGUUACCGCCUUCCGCUCCUCCCAUCGGAGUUGAACCCGGCUGCCCGUACCCCGGCGGGAGAAGCGGGGCGUGCCCAGGUCUCGCUGUCGCCUGGCUCUUCCGGCGGAGGCGGCUGGUCGGGCGCCCGGCGUUCCGUGCUCGUAUUGCACGGUGAGCGGCGAGAGGCUAUGGAGCGCGUCUUUACGCCGCUGGACUGUCUCCUGCCCGCCGGAAAGUUGAAGUUUUGCCUUCUGAUUCUGAACCAGCCUUUCGACAGAAGUCAUUUUCAUUGCCUGUGGAGCAAAGCUGCACUGAGAGCUUGUGCUGAUGGAGGUGCUAAUCGUCUCUACCACAUCACAGAAGGAAAUCAGGACAGCUUCUUGCCUGAUUACAUCAGUGGUGACUUCGACUCCAUCCAGCCUGAAGUCAAGGCGUACUACAAGGUUAAGGGAUGUGAGUUAAUUGAGACCAUGGAUCAAGAUUUAACAGACUUCACCAAGUGCCUUCAGAUACUCCAGAAAAAGAUAGAAGAGAAGGGUCUCCAGAUUGAUUUGAUUGUGACUUUGGGUGGACUUGGAGGACGCUUUGACCAAACAAUGGCAUCAGUGGAAACGCUUUUUCAUGCAAGAAAUAUCACUCCUUUUCCAGUGAUAGUUAUCCAGGAGAGCUCGCUGAUUUAUUUGCUUCAACCAGGCAAACACAAGCUGCAGGUGGACACCGGACUGGAAGGUUCCUGGUGUGGCCUCAUCCCAAUUGGGAGCUCCUGUGACAGCGUGACCACAACUGGUCUCAGGUGGAACCUUGCUAACCAGGUGUUGAAGUUUGGAAUGCUUGUCAGUACUUCCAAUACCUAUGACAACUCUGGGAUUGUGACCAUCAAGACGGACAAGCCUUUGCUGUGGACAAUGGCAAUCAAACUUUAAGAUGAAUUGCAGCUACCUUUUCUGAUCCAACUGAAUUUACAGCAAAAUUUCACUGAAUUGAGACAGUAAAACUGAUUGUAAGGGAAUAAGUAUGCACUACAUAGGUAAUAAAUGGAACAGAAAUAAAAGUCAUUUAAGACCAAACUGAGCCUAGGAACAGCAGAUCAGCAGAGGCACUGUCACCCUAUAUGAUCACAAACAGAAGCAUAUGUAAAUAAAUUGCUAACCUGGUUAGUUUUAA